AUGGAGAUUUUGUCAUCUUCUAGAAUUUGUAAAAUUAUUCUGACAAUCUUGUCUGUUGUUUUGCUUUACAACGUAUCAACUAAAGCUCAAGAUUUACAAAGCCGUUCUCACUUUCCAAAACCAGGAUCAUCAUUUCCAUCUGACUUCUUGUUUGGAGCAGGAACAUCUGCUUUACAGGUUGAAGGAGCAGCUAGUGAAGGAGGAAGAGGACCAAGUGUCUGGGAUGAUAGAGUUAACCACGGUGAUAAGUUUCCUACAAUGAUUCAGCAUUAUAGGCGAUACAAGGAAGACGUUCAACAUUUGAAGAAUCUUGGAAUAAAUUCUUACAGAAUGUCCAUUUCAUGGAGUAGACUUUUACCUGAUGGAACCAUAAAAGGAGGUAUAAAUCAAGAGGGUGUUGACUUUUACAACCUUUUGAUCGAUGAAUUACUUGCAAAUGGCAUUACACCCUUCGUGACGAUCUUGCACUUUGACUAUCCUCUUGCUAUUCACAAAAACACUGGCGGCUUCUUGAAUAGCUCCAUUGUCAAUUAUUACAAGGAUUAUUGCGAACUCCUUUUUAAAACAUAUGGAGAUCGAGUCAAGCAUUGGACUACAGUUAAUGAGCCUCAAGUUGUAGGUUUAUUUACUUACAUGCACGCCUAUGAUAAUGAUGAUCCUGAACCAUGCCAAACUACCAAGCUAUGCAAACAAGCAUAUAUUGUAGUUCAUAAUUACAUCCUUUGCCAUGCUGCAGCAGUGAAACUAUACAGAGAAAAAUUCUAUGAAACCCAAGGAGGAGAAAUUGGACUUGUUCUUGGAUCUCAAAGUUUUGAACCUUACAGUUCAAAAUCAGAAGAUGUGGCUGCUGCUAAAAGACUUAUGGAUUUCUUUAUGGGAUGGAUUUUAGAUCCAGUGGUCUAUGGCGAUUAUCCAAAAAUCAUGAGAGACUUAGUAGGGAAUAGGCUACCCAAUUUCACAGAAGAGGAGAAAAAUUUUGUUGCAGGAAGCACAGACUUCAUUGGGAUCAAUUAUUAUACUUCUCAUUUUGCUAAACAUGAAACAAACAAAACAAAUAUGAUUUUAUCAGACAAUUAUGAUGCCUUAGGAAUAUCAGUAGAUUUUAAUGCAGAAGGAAAAACCCUUGGUUACUUGGAUAAAUAUGGAGGCAAUUUUGUCUAUCCUAAAGGAUUAUAUGAUGUCUUACAACACAUUAAGAAAAAGUACCAAAAUCCCAACAUCUACAUCACUGAGAAUGGUAUUGCUUCAUUCAACAUCACGAAUCCAUUGAAAGACACACACCGAAUCAAAUAUUUGGCCACACAUUUAAACUCCACCAAAGCAGCAAUUGACAAUGGCGUAAGAGUUCGUGGUUACUUUGUGUGGGCUGCAUUUGACACCUUUGAAUUUCGAGCGGGGUUUUCUCAAAAUUGGGGGCUUAUUCAUGUUGAUUUUAAACAUGAUCUCAUGCGUCAACCAACAACUGCUGCUAAAUGGUACAAGAGAUUCUUGAAUCAUGUAAUUUGA